AUGAAGUGUUCUGCAGUUUUCAAUUACAGCGUCGUGGCGCUUCUCGCGGGGAACGUGGCCGCGACGAGCUCGAGGUCCAAGAUUGAUACUCAUGUUCAUUUUCUGCCCGACUUUUACAGGCAAGCGCUGAUGGACGCCGGACAUAAUCCAGGUCCUGACGGGAUGCCAAGUAUUCCGGAAUGGAGCCCAGAACGGCACAUUCAAUUCAUGGAUGAAAACCACAUUGCAAAGUCAAUUUUGUCCAUAUCCAGCCCCGGCGUGUACCUCUCCCCACCUUCGAAAGGCGCAACCGAGAACGCGACGAAGCUCGCUCGCCAGGUCAACAACUACGCAUCGGAGGUCAAGGCCAAGUACCCAGACCGUUUCGGAUUCUUCGCGUCUCUCCCUCUUCCAGACAUCACAGCAUCGUUGGAAGAGAUUGACUAUGUCUUUAAGUUGGACCCCAAGCCGGAUGGAAUCGUUUUCAUGUCCAACUUCUACGGCAUGUACUUCGGCGACCCAGCACUCGAUCCAGUUUUCAAGGCUCUGGACGAACUCAAUGUGACGAUAUUCGAGCACCCAACCACACCAUGCACGGAAGCCCAGCAUUUGACACACAACAUUGACGGAGAAGCCCCCGAGAUCACCCAAGCAGAGUGGCAGGCCCUAAACCGGCCAGUUUCAAGUCGCUUGCCCAGGGCACCGACGCUGGACUUCCCGUUCGACACAGCCCGGACCUUCCAAGACAUGUUCUACUCACAAGUGCCCAAUCGGUUCACCAAGAUCAAGUGGAUUCUCUCACAUGCUGGUGGUGGUCUCAUCCCGACGAUGGAUAGGAUAAUCAGCUACAGCCUGCCAGAGCACAAUCUCACAGAGGACGGGAUGAAGGAGACGCUUACGCGCAGUUUCUACUUUGACCUUGCAGGGCCGUGGCCGGUGACGGAGGCUAUUCCGCCUUUGAUGGGAUGGGUUAGCUACGAAAAGCUGUUGUUUGGUUCGGACACGCCGUUUACGCCGUGGAUCGUUGCAGCUGUUAGUGCUGUGAAGUUUGACAAGGGCCUUCAUGAGUUGUAUGGGGAUUCGGCUGAAGCGACGGCCGUGAGGAGGGGUAAUGCUGAGACCCUAUUCGGCUAA